AUGAGCCCGUGUUUGCGACUGCUACGCCCGACGGCGAAGGUGUCGUCGAGAUGUGGUGCCACGAGGCGGUUCCUGAGCGUGCCUGCUGCGGAAUUGAGAUUUGGACAACCGCUGCAUGAGACGCAUCCACAUCUGCUCAAGGCUGGGGAAGUCACCCCUGGCAUCACCGCCCUCGAGUACUUCGAACGCCGCUCCAAGCUCGCCAAAGAGCUGCCGCCCAACUCCAUCGCCGUGCUCGCUGCAAACGACCUCAAAUAUGCUUCAGGCGCCGUCUUCUACAAAUUCCACCAGGACCCUGAUUUUCGCUACCUCACCGGCUUCCUCGAGCAGGAUGCGCUCGCCAUAAUAGAAAAGACCGACGAGCACGAACACGCCUUCCACCUCUACGUGCGCCCCAAAGACGCGCGACGAGAAGCAUGGGAAGGCCCAAGAAGCGGCGUCGAAGCAGCCGAGGACGUCUUCAACGCCGACAUCACCGGCUCCAUAGACGACCUUCCCAAGAUCCUCCCUGAGAUAGUCAAACGGAGCAAGACCGUCUACACCGACCUCCCCCAAAACCGCAUCAGCAAGAACUUCGCCUCGCGCUAUCUCGCCGCCGCCGAGCCCGCGCGCACCGGCGGCAUCGCCAAAGUCUUCCGAGACAACGAAGCUUCGAUACGGCCCUUGCGCCCUCUGCUCAACGAACUGCGCGUGAUAAAAAGCGAGGCCGAAAUCGUCAACAUGCGCCGCGCAGGCCAGCACUCGGGCCGCGCCAUCACCGACGCCAUGCGCCAAUCCUUCUCGUAUGAGAAAGACCUCGACUCCUUCCUCGACUACUGGUUCAAGCAGGACCUGUGCGACGGCCCCGCAUACGUCCCCGUCGUCGCCGGCGGCAUCAAUGCGAAUACCAUCCACUACGUCUCCAACGACAUGGCGCUGAAGCCCGAUGAGCUCGUUUUGGUCGACGCCGGCGCGAGCUAUGGGCGGGUACGUCACGGGACAUUACGCGCACGUGGCUCCCCGGGCCUGUCGAGGAGCAGGUUGCUGGAAAAGGGCAUGGUGGUGACUGUCGAGCCGGGCAUAUAUGUCCCCGACGACGAGAAGUGGCCAAAGUGGGCGCGGGGCAUUGGCAUGCGCAUUGAAGAUAGCGUCAUGGUGGAUGAGGAGAGUCCGUAUGUGCUUACUACCGAGGCGGUGAAAGAGAUUGUAGACAUUGAAGCCCUGAGGGGGUCGGAGACGAAGUUAUAGUAGAACGCAAAAAUGCAAAUGGAAGAAGUUUAUCGUGCAA